AUAGCAUAACGUAAAUAUUUGAUGUUUUAGUAGUAUCAUGUCCGAACAAGAUGUUUUUGGACCCGCUUUACCGCCUGGAUUUAGUAAAAACACACUAAGCGACGAACAAAGCAAUACCGAUGGACACGAUCAGAAAGAAUCGUGUGAAUAUGGGCCUACAUUACCGCCUAGUAUGAGUAAAAACGUGCCAGAAACUGAAUUGAGAAACGAUGUUGCAUCAGAUCAAAACGACGCAUUUGAAUACGGACCCGCAUUGCCUCCAGGAUUCAUAAAGUCAAAUCCUGUCGUAGUCGGACCUUCGCUACCACAGGCGUCCGCUAAUAGUGAUAGUUCUGACGACGAAAUAAUUGGGCCGUUGCCGCCAAGCAAAUCAGACCAGUACGACUCAAAAACGAUAAUAGCCCACGAGUUUGAGAACCGUUCUGUGUCUAUGAAGGACAAGUUAACUGGUGACGGUAAACCAAAGAAAUUAGAACGUGAAGAAUGGAUGUUAGAGCUUCCACCUGUGCUCCAGGGGUUUGGGAUGGGGCCAAGACAGUUUAGAGCAAAACCGGUGGAAAUUGGUGACAGGUCAGGCUGGACCGAAACUCCAGGAGAUAAAAAUAAACCAAAGAAGAGUAAGCCAUUAUCCGCACAAAGUGUUAAGGAGAUGUAUGCUAAAGAAAGUGAUGUAGAAGUUCGUAAAGCGUUGUCUUCAUUUGAAGAAGAGGGGAGAAAAGAAUCUUUGUACUCUAUGCAUAACAAAGAAAGAAAACGAAAGUUAAAAGAAGAAAAGGAGACUGGACCUACUAGAAAACCAUUUGACAGAGACACAGACUUAAAUGUGAGACAGUUUGAUAAAGCAAUGAAGAAACAAAAACUGAAAUCUGAUUUGUCAAGUCGUUUUUCCCAUGGAGAAACUUCUGCAACAUUUUUGUAGAAAACUUUUAAAUUGGAUUUUAUUUUGCCUCUAUGUGAAUCUAUGAUAGUAAUAGUAUUUGCCAGUUUUGCGACUUUUUUGAUGUUUCAAAAUUCAACUUUUAAAUAGCACCAUCUUAAAUGCAUUUAGAAUUACCCACUUUACAAUCAUGAUUUACUUUAUUUGUAG